GUUGGCUACUUUGCUGUUCUUUUUCUCUUCCUUUUUUUUUUUCCCUUUCUAACCAUGAUACAGCUUUUGGUAUUCAGGGAAGGGCUAGAUUUUCCUUUAUGGGGGGAAAAGGAGGUUCACUCUGGAAGCAACUUACGUUUAGAUUGUCAAAUCGCAGUGACAUAACGUGUAAAGGAGGUGAUCUAUCAGUUGAAGAUGCUAAUGGCCAUGUUAAAACUACAUUUUUGGAAGAUGGAUUUUUUGAUUAUAUGAAUAAGGAGCUCCUAUCAUUUUGUUUCGAUGAGAAGGAUUAUGAAGGAUUACCAUUUGAUUUUUAUGGUGGUUACAUUGGUUAUAUCGGGUAUGAUCUCAAAGUUGAAUGUGGCGUGGCAUCUAAUCGUCAUAGAUCGAAGGCACCAGAUGCUUGUUUAUUCUUUACGGAUAAUAUUAUUGUCAUCGAUCAUCAGUGUGACGACAUAUAUACUUUGUCACUACACGAUGUGAGCACAACUAGUACUUCUUACUUGGACGAUGUGGAGAAGAGGCUGCUCGACUUGAGAGCUUCUAUGACGAAAAAGUUGCAAUCACGGGCAUCUCGAGGAUCGGCAGUGGUCCAACUAAUGUCAGGUUUUUCUGCUGAGAAAUCAAGAGAGGAGUACAUCAAAGACGUUAAGAAUUGUCAAGAUUUCAUAAAAGAAGGAGAAAGUUAUGAGUUGUGCCUUACAACCCAGAUGAGAAUGAAAUUGGGGGAAAUAGAUUCUCUGGGACUUUAUCUUAAUCUCAGAGAAAGAAAUCCCGCACCAUAUGCUGCCUGGCUUAAUUUUUCAAGGGAAGACCUAAGCAUAUGUUGUUCUUCUCCUGAAAGGUUCCUACGAUUGGAUAGGAAUGCAAUUCUGGAAGCAAAACCCAUAAAAGGGACUAUAGCUCGUGGUUCCACCCCUAAAGAAGAUGAAUUUCUGAAACUGCAAUUAGAAUACAGUGAAAAGGAUCAGGCGGAAAAUUUGAUGAUUGUUGACUUGUUGAGGAAUGACCUCGGGCGUGUGUGUGAGCCUGGCUCUGUUCAUGUCCCACAUCUCAUGGAAAUCGAAUCCUAUGCAACAGUUCACACCAUGGUCAGUACGAUUCGGGGGAAAAAGCGAUCAGACGUAAGUGCAAUUGAUUGUGUUAGAGCUGCAUUUCCUGGUGGGUCAAUGACAGGUGCACCAAAGUUGAGAUCGAUGGAACUUCUUGAUCAUCUUGAAAAUUGUUCCAGGGGCAUCUACUCGGGCUGCAUUGGAUUUUUCUCUUAUAACCAAGCAUUUGAUCUCAACAUUGUGAUACGGACUGUUGUCAUACACGAAGGAGAAGCUUCAGUAGGAGCAGGGGGAGCCAUUACAGCUCUUUCAGACCCCGAUGAUGAGUAUGAAGAAAUGAUUUUGAAAAGUCGAGCACCCACUAAGGCUGUUCUUGAACAUCAGAGCAGCAUCAUCUUCUCAGACACACAUAAGUGACACGACCACUUGAAAAACCCAAUGAAGAAUAGGGGUAUAGAACUCAUUCAGUUGUUUCUGAAAGGUGGGAGCAAAUGCAGCUUCUUGUAGUUAAAAUGAGGAGAGGAAGCCGUGGAUGAAAGUAGCAGGUAGCCUAUGAUUCAUACAAAUAUUCGUCAGCACAGUCUAUUCAUUCUUUUGAUCGCGGUUACUGGAAAAUAUAGCCAUUAUAGUAUACAAAUCUACACUGACCUGCAGCGACUAAAAUACUGUACAUAGUGUUCUGAAGGACCUGCAGGAAUUUACAGAAAUGUUUGUAAACCUGUAAUAGUACUGAAUCGAUAGUUCACAUGUUUGAUUCUUUGUUGUAAAAUCGUCGAACAAUUUUUUUAUUUGGCUGACUUUUCCCACUUCCACAACUUUAUGACUGCUCAAUAUGCUUGUGAUAUUAAUGUUUGUAUAAGAGGAAUGAGAAAUCUUUCCACGUA